AUGCCACCCGUCCCCGAGUACCGUGGAAUGCCCAUCUACACGCCCUCGAUGUCGCCGGGCUUUUCAUCGUCCUUGCAGCUUCUGCGCGCGCCGCUGAAGAUGAAGUGCUUCAGUGUCAAGAAGCUGCAGUGCCAGAUCCUCGAGCAGCUCGAGGACAUCCUGUCACUCGCUGCCGAUGUGUCCAUCCCCGUGCUGAAGGAAGAGGACUCCACGGAGCCAGUCGAGCGCCAGCAUCUCCUGUCACCCGCGUCCGAGCGCAAGAUGUCCCAGAUCCGCGAUCCACCUGCAGAGCGCAUCAUGCGCCAGAAGAUUGACAAUGGCAUGCGCAUGCAGAACACCAUCAAGUACUCGGAGAAGAUCAGGCAGGAGUGGGAGGAGCGUGUCGAGCAGACUCUCUCUGCGUACGACGGCGAGGAGGGUGACUCGGAUGACUCGGGCGAGAGCGAAGGCGAGGAGGGUCAGGAGGGUCAGGACGACCAGCGUCACGACCAUUCGAGUACCACGUCGGACCUCACAGUCUGGUACACCCCUAUCGCCGCGCUUGCCUUCCGUUGCGCCGUUGUCGCCGACAACCCCGACGUGCUCGCGCAUUGCAACGUGGCGGGAAGCGGCCGAUGUUCGAGCGCGAUUGACGAGCUCGAGGGAGAACUGCGCUCUGGAAUAUGA